GCUGCGCGCAACGUUCAGAGCGCUGUCUCUCUCUGUCUCUGUCUCCAGACUCCCCAAAAGCAGAUCCAUUUUUUCCCUUCCUCUUCCUGCUUUCUCUUCACCCAUGGACCUCUUUUUUGCAGGAGAGCGACCAGGAGGGAAGCAGCGAGGCGCUCCUCUCCCCAAGCAGCGCGGGGAGACAACAAUAGGAAAUUGAAGAGGCCGGGGGAGGCGGAGGGAAGCGAAAUUGACUAGCAACGAGACUGUGCUGGUGGCGAAGAGAAAAAUAAUAAUUCCUCCUUUGCUGGACGCAAAAAGCGGCUGCCGUGUAUAGGAGAGUUUUAUGGAGCCGCCGGCUGGGAAUCGCCCUAGUUCCGCCCGGAGAAGGAGAUCAGGAAGACGGGAUUAUUAUGGGCUUGCCAAGAAGACGCUGAGCUACUCCCGGGUGGUGUUGGCAGGGGUUGGAGCAUCGCCAGGCUCGCUGGAGACCUGCUGCCGUGGCCGCCUUUCUUAACUGGGCAAAGCCAGGCAGCAAGGACUCUUGACAAGGCGUAAAAGAGGGAGAGCCCUUUCCUGAGCUGGAUUUAUAACCGCAUGGCAAGCGACCAGUGAGUGACCCGGCGAUCAGGGCAAGCGACCCUGAGUGGAUUCCUCUCCUGCGCCUUUUCUCCUCAAACAGCCUUUGGGAACGAUGAGCGGGAGAUGAUGAUGUUGGAUAGCCAGAGCUCCACUCAGGAGAUCGGAGAAGAGGUGGAAGAUGGCGUGAUCUAUAGCAUUUCGCUCCGGAAAGUCCAGCUCCACCACACAGCCAACAAGGGGCAGCGAUGGCUGGGGUUUGAGAACGAGUCGGCCUUAAACCUGUACGAGACUUGUAAGGUGCGGACCAUCAAAGCCGGGACCCUGGAGAAGCUGGUGCAAUACCUCGUCUCUGCAUUCAAAGGCAAUGAUUCCACCUACGUCACCAUCUUCCUCUGUACAUACCGUGCCUUUGCCACGACCAAGCAGGUCCUGGACCUCCUUCUGAACAGAUAUGGCAAACUGCACCUCCAGGUCAACGGAGACCACCCCAGGCAUGCAGUGGACGAGAGGCUGGAGCUGAAAAACACCAUCUCGUCCAUCCUGGGUGCCUGGCUGGAUCAGUACUCCGAAGACUUCCGCAAGCCUCCGGACUACGCCUGCCUGAAGCAGCUGAUAAUUUAUGUGCGGCUCAACAUCCCAGGUUCAGACCUGGAGCGGAGAGCCCGCAUCCUCUUCACGCAGUUCCAGCAGCAGGAGCGGGCCGAGGUGGAGGCGGAAGCUGUGGACCAUGCCAGCUGCACCCUGCGGCUAGAAGAGGAGAAUGGGCUAGGAGAAGGCAAGCUAGAUUUCCUCUCCUUCUCGCCGGAGAUGGUGGCCGAACAAUUCACACUAAUGGAUGCCGAGCUUUUCAAAAAGGUGGUUCCCUAUCACUGCCUCGGCUGCAUCUGGUCCCAGCGGGACAAGAAAGGCAAGGAGCACUUGGCCCCCACCAUCCGGGCGACCGUCUCCCAGUUUAACCGUGUCACCAACUGCAUCAUUUCAACUUGCCUUGGGGACCGGGCCCUGAAGCCACAGCAAAGAGCCAAGGUGGUGGACCACUGGAUUCAAGUAGCUCGGGAAUGCCGGAUCCUAAAGAAUUUCUCUUCCCUCCGGGCCAUUCUCUCUGCCCUGCAAUGCAACGCUGUUCACAGGUUGAAGAAGACAUGGGAUGAGGUCUCCCGAGAAAGCUUCCGCACUUUCCACGAGCUGUCAGAAAUCUUCUCAGACGAGAACAACCAUUCCUUGAGUCGGGAGCUUCUCAUUAAGGAGGGGACCUCCAAGUUCGCCACCCUAGAGAUUAACCCAAAGAGGGCUCAGAAACGGCAGCAGCAGCAGCGGGAGAUGGGCGUGAUGCAAGGCACCAUCCCUUACCUGGGCACCUUCCUCACUGACUUAGUGAUGCUGGACACAGCCAUGAAGGACUACGUGGAUGCUGGCCUGAUCAACUUUGAGAAAAGGAGGAAGGAGUUUGAAGUCAUCGCCCAGAUCAAACUGCUCCAGUCAGCCUGCAACAACUACAACUUCACGCAGGAAGAUCGCUUUGUGGUCUGGUUCCAUAGCAUCGAGCGGCUCAGUGAGGCAGAGAGCUACGGCCUCUCCUGUGAGAUUGAGCCCCUGUCGGAGUCAGCCAGCAACACCCUGAAGGCGAAGAAAAACACAGGGAUCAUCAAGCGCUGGAGCGACCGGCAGGCCCCCAGCACCGAAUCCUCCUGUGCCAGCGGCAGCUCCCACUCCAAGUCCUUUGACCAGCUGAAGUGCGGUCCCUACCUGUGCAGUGGGGACAUGGCUGACUCCGUCAGUGUCACGUCGGCCGGCUCCAGCAGCUCCGACGUGGAGGAGAUCAACAUCAGCUUCAUCCCUGACUCUCCCGAGGGUCAAGAGAAGAAGUGUUACCUUCCCGCCCUGGACGCCCAGACGUUCAACUCCGCUUCUGGCCAGGAGGGGGUGCCCCUGAGCACUGCCUGUAGUAGAAAGUUCUGGGAAUCCACCUCGCUUUCCUCCCUGGACACCUCUGGAAUCGGCUCGAGUUCUAGCAGCGCCUCCUCCUCCUCUGUCUCUUCCACGCCAGUGACGGCCUCCCGCACCCACAAGCGCUCUGUCUCAGGCAUCUCCAGCUACUCCUCUCUCUCCUUGCCCCUCUAUAACCAGCAAAUUGAUGACUGUUGCAUCAUCCGGGUCAGCUUGGCCGUGGAGAAUGGAAACAUGUACAAGAGCAUUCUGGUAACCAGCCAGGACAAGACCCCGGUUGUGAUCCGUAAAGCCAUGGCCAAACACAAUCUGGAUGGGGACCGGCCGGAGGACUAUGAGCUCAUUCAGAUCAUCUCAGAAGAGAGAGAACUGAAAAUCCCGGACAACGCCAAUGUCUUCUACGCCAUGAACUCUGCUGCCAACUACGACUUUGUGCUCAAGAAGAGAGGCUUCUCCAAGGCCGUCAAGAUCAAGCAUGGAUCGAGCUCCACGCUGCCACGGAUGAAGCAGAAAGGCCUCAAAAUUGCCAAAGGCAUCUUCUAACCCCUGGGGCAGAGGGUCGCCUGCCCCACCCACGGGCUUUGCCCCCUCACCAACUCAGUGCUGUUCCACUCUUGGCUACCAGUCUGUCUUAAACGCCAUGGGGUUGGGGGCAGGUGUGUGAGAGAUGAUGUGAUUGAUCUCCCCAGCCCGGCAGCCUUGACCCUUUUCUCCAUCUUGCCAAGGAGGUGCCCCAGCCGAAACCCUGGAAAUUGGAAGCGGGAUCCCUUAGCAGCAACGCCGCUCCUGCACGUUGCUCUUCGCGCUUUCUCUCUCUCUGCGUUGGCAGCAGCUGGCCCCCCUUGCCUUUAAAUCAGGUCUGCAUCUCGUCUUUUUUAAAAACAACAACAACGAGGAGGACAUUUUUAUUUUCCAUUUAAAAAAACACACAACACCUUUCCAUGGUGCAAGCCAAGCUUAUGUGGCUGCCUGAAGCCAUAGCCUGCCUUAGGUGUCUACACCGAUCAGCGUGGUGCUGCUAAGGGGGUCUUGCUUUCUCCGUUCUCUGCUAAGAUGCACCCGAGCAGAGGCUGGGGACUGGGAGUUCAGGAGAUUGGGGCAAGCCCAUGUGUGGGACAAUGACUGUCUUCAUCUUCCAUGCUCCUGGAUACAGUUCCUUCUUGGUUGUCCUGGUCAAGCGAACUCACUGCCUGGAAUUGGUCCAGAAAUGCACUUUUUUGUCCUCAACAGGAGUCUGAAACUUUCCCCCACCGCUGCCUGUCCACAUGGAGGGCCCUGUGGAUUCCUCGUGUGGAUUUAAGGCCACCAGCGAAGGUGGAUCCUGUGCCAGAAUAGGGUCAACCCACUCAAGACUUUUUUGAACUUUUCCAAACUCCUUCCCCCUCCCCUUUCCAUUAAGAGCCUCCACCAAAGAUCAAAAAUGGCAAGCGUGUUUCUAUGACAAAACGCCUCCGCUGGCCAACAGAGGCAGGAGUUGAAGGAAGUUGGUUUCUGUACAAAACACACUGUAAAUAAGGACCUUGGGUGGAGAGAAGGAUGAGGUGGGAGGAGGGCUAAGUGAUUUGCUCUAAAGGGUUGCAAGGAAACUGCCCCCUCCCUCUUGGGAAGUGCCACUCCAGUUUUUUUCUUGUGUGUGUUUAAUGGACUAAGAACCUUUGACAGUGAAGUAGGGUCUGUGGACUAUUGUCUGAUGUGAUCAGAUUUUUUUUUGUAAAGAGAAUCUCAAAAUGAAUUUACUAAUGUUCCACCCCACCCCACCCCACUCCCAAUAUUUAUUGCUUGUGUAAAUAGACUGGUUGGAUUUGUACAUUUUACUAACACUGUUUAAAUAUCCGUUAGCGUGGUCAGUUUUAUGUUUUUGAAUUGUGUGAGACCUUUUGAGUGUGUGAAUGGGGGAAUAUGCUACAUACUCCUUUGUUGAAACUUACAGGACAUUUCAGACAGGGUUUCUUGGGUGGAGUCAAAAGUGCAUUAGCACAAGGAGGGUGAACCUUUGCCUUCCCCACCCCCCAAAGUUGCUGGACUCUUAACUCACAUCGUUCCUGACCACUGCCUAUUUUAUCUGCAGGUGUCCCCCAACCCACCUCUGCCCCCCCCACAUGGCAAGGGAAAAUGUCUUCUAAUUUUAUCUUUACCACUAAAAUAUUGCCACGAGCUUUUCACUAAACACUAUGAAGAGGCCAUGCAGAUCCUCUCCAAGCUCCAAAAUUCUGCUGCCUCCUUUGCGCUCUGUGUGAGCUUGCGUCUGUCUGUGUCACUGUGGUUAUACGACUGGAGGGAGCAAACAGACCCACAGCACACUCAUAAUCAUAAAAGUGACUAAGCUAGAGUCCUCAACACCUCAGGACUUCCAUUGGAGCAGCCUUGGUGAUACACUUGGUACAGGCGACUAACGGGAAAGUUGUUUGUCUUAAAAAGAACCACAAUGAGCACAGCUAGAAACAUGGGAGUGAAUGAGGUGUAAGUAAUUGAGAAUCUGCAACAUCUUUGUCUGUGCAGGCUUUGCAAUUUCUGGUUCUAGAGCUGGCCUAUCUAAGGUGGUGCCAUCCAGGUGUGGAUGGGAGUCCUGCCUCCCAUCUAGAGGUUGGGAGCCAAGCAUCAGCUAAAGGGCACCUUCUUGGCUUAGCCUUAUGAGAGCUUCUCUUAACCUAAUCCUCAGAAGUCAUCUGCUUUCUUGCUCAGGAUCUCAUAGAAAAGAGGGCUGUUAAUUCUCCAGUUGCCAGACCUGUUUUUAUAAGCCCAGAGUUUGGGGGAUUCUUUUAAAACACCCCCACCCAACCCCCUACACCAAAACAGCAUUAUCUGAAAGGCAAUCGGCUUUGCUCUGCCUAUGAAGGGAGCGGAUAGUCUCCUUGAAGGCAGCAGUGGGCUGUCUUAUCUUUAUCCCACAUUUACUGUCCAAUCUGCUUCUGGUGUUGAUCCUGUAAAUAAGGUUUUAUUUCUUCUUGUUUAGACAAACGCUGGAAGAUACUCCCCUAUCCGUUUUGUAGAACAGUGGCUUCCUUGCGUUUUCACUCUUGGUGGCUUUAAGCAACAGAACAGCUUCCUUUUUGUCUCCAUCCCCUUUUGCUGCCGGCUGGGAGGAUGGGGACCUGUGGCCUUUGUUGCCAGCCAUUGUCAAGGACUCUCUCUGUGGAUCAGCCAGUGCAGAACUUUUUGCUAGACCUGCACCAGGUUCCCUGGAUAUGUUCACCCACAAAAUCCUUGUGCACACAAAAAAAGGCCUCAGGCCUGGAGUUGUGACACUGCUUCCCUGCUAGGCUUCCAGUAAUUCCUUUUUAUACAUGUCCCUUUUCCAGAAACUUCCCCCCCACACCCAGUUCUUCCUCACUGCACAAACACUUCUUCCUGAAACUUUCUUCCUUAACAGCUGCUGCUUCUCCCUACAUUUCAUUGGAGUGUGACAACAGAGUCCACAGCUGCUAGGGUGUGUGUGUGUGUGUGUGUGUGUGUGUGUGUACGUGAGUGUGUGGUCCAUGUUGGUGACUGUACAUGAGGUAUAUUUUGUACCAAUUUCCUUGAAGUAGCACACUACCUGGUGUGAUUGUAUACAGCAAUGCAAUUAGCCUUUUUCAAUAAAAAUGCUGAUUUUGAGGCAAAGGA